GGGCUUCCCCCGGCGGCGCGGCGCCCGUCCGCGCGCAGAGCAACGGCGCUGCGGGCCAUGGCGAGCUGCGAGCCCUCGGGCGGCGGCGGCGGCGCGGCCGGGCGGCCGCUGCACUCGGCGCAGGCCGUGGACGUGGCGUCGGCCUCCAACUUCCGAGCCUUCGAGAUGCUGCACUUGCACCUGGACCUGCGGGCCGAGUUCGGGCCGCCGGGGCCAGGCCCCGGGAGCCGGGCGCUGAGCGGCACGGCGGUCCUGGACCUGCGCUGCCUGGUGCCCGAGGGCGCCACCGAGCUGCUGCUCGACUCGCACCCGUGCCUCGAGGUGACGGCGGCGGCGCUGCGGCGGGGGCUGCCCUGCUCGGAGGAGCCGCCCGCGGAGCCGGUGCCCUUCCAGACGCGGCCCUUCUCGCACUACGGCCAGGCCCUGUGCGUGGCCCUCCCGCAGCCCUGCCGCGCCGCCGAGCGCUUCCAGGUGCUGCUCACCUACCGCGUCGGGGAGGGACCCGGGGUUUGCUGGUUGGCUCCUGAGCAGACGGCAGGAAAGAAGAAGCCCUUUGUCUACACUCAGGGUCAGGCUGUCCUAAACCGGGCCUUCUUCCCUUGCUUCGACACCCCUGCAGUGAAAUGCAGAUACUCAGCUCUUGUUGAGGUCCCAGAUGGCUUCACAGCUGUGAUGAGUGCUAGCACCUGGGAGAAGAGAGGUCCAAAUAAGUUCUUCUUCCAGAUGUGUCAGCCCAUCCCCUCCUAUCUGGUAGCUUUGGCCAUCGGAGAUCUGGUCUCGGCUGAAGUUGGACCCAGGAGCCGGGUGUGGGCUGAGCCCUGUCUGAUCGAUGCUGCCAAGGAGGAGUACAAUGGGGUGAUAGAAGAAUUUUUGGCAACAGGAGAGAAACUUUUCGGACCCUAUGUUUGGGGAAGGUACGACUUGCUCUUCAUGCCGCCGUCCUUUCCGUUUGGAGGAAUGGAGAACCCUUGUCUGACCUUUGUCACCCCCUGCCUGCUAGCAGGGGACCGCUCCUUGGCUGAUGUCAUCAUCCAUGAGAUCUCCCACAGUUGGUUUGGGAACCUGGUCACCAAUGCCAACUGGGGUGAAUUCUGGCUCAACGAAGGUUUCACCAUGUACGCCCAGAGGAGGAUCUCCACCAUCCUCUUCGGGGCCGCUUACACCUGCUUGGAGGCGGCGACCGGGCGUGCUCUGCUGCGCCAGCACAUGGACAUCAGUGGCGAGGAAAACCCACUCAACAAGCUCCGAGUGAAGAUCGAACCAGGUGUCGACCCAGACGACACGUACAACGAGACCCCCUACGAGAAAGGUUUCUGCUUUGUCUCGUACCUGGCCCACUUGGUGGGCGAUCAGCAUCAGUUUGACAAAUUUCUCAAGGCCUAUGUGGAUGAAUUUAAGUUCAAAAGCAUCAUGGCUGAAGACUUUCUCGAGUUCUACUUGGAAUAUUUCCCUGAGCUGAAGAAGAAGAGAGUGGAUUCCAUCCCAGGGUUCGAGUUUGAUCGAUGGCUGAACACCCCUGGCUGGCCCCCGCACCUCCCCGAUCUCUCCCCCGGGGACUCGCUCAUGAAGCCCGCUGAAGCCUUGGCCCAGCUGUGGGCAGCUGAGGAGCUGGACACGAAGGCCAUUGAGGCUGUGGCCAUCUCACCCUGGAAGACCUACCAGCUGGUCUACUUCCUGGACCAGAUCCUCCAGAAAUCCCCUCUCCCUCCUGGGAAUGUGAAAAAACUGGGAGACACGUACCCAAAGAUCUCAAAUGCCCGGAAUGCGGAGCUGCGGCUACGAUGGGGCCAAAUCGUCCUUAAGAACGACCACCAGGAGGACUUCUGGAAAGUGAAGGAGUUCCUGCAGAGCCAGGGGAAACAGAAGUACACCCUUCCGCUGUACCACGCCAUGAUGAGUGGCAGCCAAGCGGCCCAGAGCCUCGCCAGGGAGACCUUCGCGUCCACCGCCUCCCAACUCCACAGCAACGUCGUCAACUACGUGCGGCAGAUCCUGGGGCCCAAGGGCAGUUAGAGGCUCGCGCGCGUGGCCUCUGCCUCUUCAGACUUUGCAGGCUUUCAGAAUAAUUGUUUGUUCCCAAAUCCCAGUUUUUCGGUCAACUUCCUAAAGUUCGUAUCCCCUUGGAAUAAUCUGUUCUCUGGGCUUGGCAUCUGCGGCUCUCGGGCUUCUGCUCUGGUGGGAACUUCUCUGGCCCACUGAGUCCUGACUCCCUGCAGGCUGCUGGCAUCGGAGGGACAGCUGACCUUCUCCCUCCUCCCGGCUUAGGUCUGGGGAGAGGUGAAGAGGGCUUGCCUGCCCUCCUCCCUCCUUUCCCUCCCUCUCUCCCUCCCUGCCUUCCUCCCUUCCUUUCUUGUACUAUGCAAAGGGCUGCCAUUCUGGUUUUUCUUU